AUGGCGCAAGCAGUAGAGAACAGUCAGUUCUUUGCUGACAGAAGAACGAACGGCGCUCUCGUCGUCUCAGACACGCCGAAGUUCGACCUGGAGAGCUACGCCGCCAACUACGAUCAACACACAAGAGUGAGCCGCUUGAAGAACAUUGCCCACCUCUGCCCACCGCUCGCACUCGAUGCCCUCCGCCUAGCCAUACCCGCCUCCAAGACUGCAAAGGACACCCAGCAGUAUCUCGACCUCGCAAAGCUACUCCACUCGCUCAGCCCCAACGAUGAACUGGCCAACGUCGACACUGCAUGGGCCGAGAAGACGAACAAGCUGAACGAGCACGAGACCGAACGUCUAGAACAUGAGUUGCGCGGCUACAAGAACAACCUUAUCAAGGAAAGCAUCAGAAUGGGCCAGGAAGACUUGGGCACUCACUACCUCAACAUGAACAAGCUGGACCAGGCCACCAAGGCUUACCACAAGAUGCGCGAGUUCUGCACCACUCCCAAGCACAUUGCUGAGAUGACUCUCAAGCUGGCCUACAUCAACAUUGUGUCUCCUAACUGGAUCUCGACUGUCUCGACCGCACAGAAGGCUCGCUCAUUGAUGCUCCGUCCAGAGGACAAGCCACGCUUCGAUUCUGUCGCCCAGGCAUGCACUGGCCUGGGCUACCUCGGCUCUGCCAAUUACGCCUCCGCUGCUCACGCAUUCCUGGCCGUCGAUCCCUCGUAUGCCACCGUCGGCCCCGUAGCAAACAUCGACUUUUCCCGCGCCGUCAUGACCGCCAACGACAUAGCAGUCUAUGGCGGUCUUUGUGCUCUGGCCUCCAUGGACCGUCAACAACUCCAAGAUUCCGUUCUCGAAAACGCAAACUUCCGCAACUUUCUCGAACUUGAGCCGCACAUCCGUCGCGCCAUCUCCUUCUUCUGCGGCGCAAAGUACAGCCAGUGUCUCGAGAUUCUCGAAGCAUACCGUACAGACUACCUGCUCGACAUCUUCCUCGGUCCCCACAUCGCUAUGCUUUAUCACCUCAUCCGCAGCAAGAGCAUUGUUCAAUACUUCGUUCCCUUCUCUCAAGUCACACUCUCCGCCCUGACCGAAGCUUUCCCUAGACCUGGCGGUACAUCUCAGAUGAUGGAGUCAGAGCUUGUCGACAUGAUUCAGCGUGGUAUCCUGGACGCCAGAAUUGACACGGUCGACCAACUGCUCAUCGCACCUCCUAAGAAUUCUCGCGCCGAUGCCCAGCAAGGCGUCAUGGACACUGCCGACGAAAUCGAGCAUCUGCUUCGUCUGAAGUUGCACAGGAUCAACAUGGUCCAGGCUGGUCUGGAGAUCCAAGCUCCGAAAGCGACAAAGGGACCCAAGAAUCCCAUUCCUUCCCCCUGGGGCCCUGGCCAGACACUUGGUUGA